AUGCAGUGGGCAAAGGUACUAGGGCUGGUGGUGGGCGCUGCUGCCCUGUUGGGGCUGGGGAUCAUCCUGGGCCACUUUGCCAUACCCAAAGCCCCCAGCACCUCAACUCCCCAGGACCUGGACCUGGAGAUCCUUGAGACUGUCAUGGGACAGCUGGAUGCCAGCAAGAUCCGGGAGAACCUUCGGGAACUCUCCAAGGAGCCGCACCUGGCCUCCACUCCCCGGGACGAGGAACUGGUGCAGCUGCUGCUGCAGCGCUGGAGGGACCCAGAGUCAGGCCUAGACUCGGCCGUGACCUCUACGUAUGAGGUGCUGCUGUCUUUCCCCAGCCAGGAGCAGCCCAACCUCGUGGAAGUUGUGAACUCCGAUGGGAACAUCCUCUACUCCUUCCAACCGGGUGAGGAGAACGUGACCGGAGAGCAGACAGGGCCCGAUGUGGUGCAGCCCUACGCUGCCUAUGGUCCUCCUGGAACCCCGCAGGGUCUCCUUGUCUACGCCAAUCAAGGCACAGAAGAAGACUUCAAGUUGCUGCAGUCACAGGGCGUCAACCUCACAGGCACCAUCGCUCUGACUCGCUAUGGGGGUGCUGGGCGCAGGGCCAAGGCUGUGAAUGCGGCCAAGCAUGGGGUUGUUGGGGUGCUGGUAUACACGGACCCUGGUGACAUCAACGACGGGCGGAGCUUGCCCAAUGAGACCUUCCCGAACUCCUGGGGCCUGCCUCCCUCGGGAGUGGAGCGAGGCUCCUUCUUUAAGUAUUUUGGGGAUCCUCUCACCCCCUACCUUCCAGCUUUCCACUCUUCAUUCCGCCUAGACCUUAACAACAUCUCUGGAACUCCCCCAAUUCCUGCCCAGCCCAUUGGCUUCCAGGAUGCCAAGGACCUGCUCUGUAACCUCGGUGGUGCCUCUGCCCCAGUUACCUGGCAGGGGGCGCUGGGCUGUGUGUACAAACUGGGACCUGGCUUCCUGUCGGAUGGAAACUUCCCAGAAGACAGCCAGGUAAAAGUGAGUAUCUACAAUCACCUGGAGCUGAGGAACUCCUCUAACGUCCUGGGGAUCAUCCGCGGGGCUGUGGAGCCUGACCGCUAUGUGCUCUAUGGGAACCACCGAGACAGCUGGAUCCAUGGAGCUGUGGACCCCAGCAGUGGCACUGCUGUCCUCCUGGAAAUUUCCCGCGUCCUAGGGACCCUGCUGAAGAAGGGCACUUGGCGGCCCCGCAGGUCGAUCGUGUUUGCCAGCUGGGGGGCAGAGGAAUUUGGGCUCAUUGGCUCCACGGAAUUCACAGAGGAGUUCUUCAGCACGCUGCAGGAGCGCGCGGUGGCCUACAUCAACGUGGACAUCUCGGUGUUUGCCAACGCUACCCUUCGGGCGCAGGGGACGCCCCCUGUACAGAGUGUCAUCUUCUCCGCCACCAAAAAGAUUGAUGCACCAGGUCGCAGUGGCCUCAGUAUCUACGACAACUGGAUCCAGUACUUCAACCGCAGCAGUCCAGUGUACGGCCUGAUCCCCAGCCUAGGUUCUCUGGGUGCCGGCAGCGACUACGCCCCCUUCAUUCACUUCCUGGGCAUCUCCUCCAUGGACCUCGCCUACACCUAUGACCAGAGCAAGACCUCAGCCCGGAUCUACCCCACUUACCACACGGCCUUUGACACCUUUUCUUAUGUGGACAAGUUUGUGGACCCUGGUUUCAGCAGCCACCAAGCAGUGGCCCGGACAGCAGGGAGUGUGCUUCUUCGACUCAGUGACAGCUUUUUCCUGCCACUCAACAUCAGUGACUACAGUGAGACCCUCCGAAGCUUCCUGCAAAUGGCCGAGCAGGGUCUAAGGGCCCAGUUGGAGGAGCACAACAUCAGGCUGGGGCCUCUGGUGACUGCAGUGGAGAAGUUUGAGACAGCAGCUACAGCCUUGAACCAAUACAUAUCAACACUGCAGAAUGGCAACCCUGACCCGCUGCAGGUCCGGGCAGUCAAUGACCAGCUGAUGCUAUUGGAACGGGUGUUCCUGAACCCACGGGCCUUCCCAGAGGAGCGAUACUACAGCCACGUGCUCUGGGCACCCCGCACCGGCACUGUUGCCACGUUCCCAGGCCUGGCCAAUGCCUACUCCAAGGCACAGGACACAAGCCCCGGGUCUGAAGCUUGGGCUGAGGUGCACAGGCAGCUCAGCAUUGUGGUGAUGGCUGUGGAAGGUGCAGCGGCAACCCUGAGGCCUGUGGCUGACCUCUGACCCCAGCCCUGACUUCAACUCUCCAUUCAUUCCACCCCUCCCCUACCUGUUUCUCUGAGGUGUGUCCAGCCUUCCCUGAGGCCAGGAGGCACACAACCAGGGGACUCUUUCAAGCUUCUGAGGCUCCAAUGGGGGGUCCUGCCAAUUAUAGACACCUGAGGGCAAUGGUAUUCUCUGCUUAUGGGUUCUUGGUUGGCAGAGUGGGCUAUGGGGGGGGGAAUACUACCAACUGCUUGUAGUAGUGGGUGGGCAAGGAUGAGAUGCAUAAACCUUAGAGACCACCAAGGCCACCCCUUAGGGACCAGAGAGGAAAAGAGGCCCAGAAAGGAUAGGGCCCAGUGCAGUCACUCCCCUCCCCAUGCU